AUGGCGGAAGUUGAGGAGACUUUAAAUAGAAUAAAAACAAGAAAAGGGGUUAAAGGGGUUGUGGUGUUAGGGCCUGAAGGCUCUGUGCUUCGCUCUACGUUUGAUCAGCAGCAAACUGCAGCAUAUGCAGCAGCAGCAGCACAACUUGCUGAGAGAGCCCGCUCUCUUGUAAGAGACCUAGACCCUCAGAACGACGUAACAUUUCUUCGAGUGCGUUCAAAGAAACACGAAUUCUUAGUCGCCCCCGACGGAGAGUAUUUGCUGCUCGUCAUUCAAGACCCUAACGCAGACCCCCAGGCAACCCCAGCUAGCUAG